AUGCUUGAGGUAGAGGACUGCCGCGAGGGGCUGACCGGCAAGGGGAAAGACUACCGGGGCUGCCAGUCGGUGACGAGGACCGGCAAGACGUGUCAGCGCUGGGACGCCAGCAGCCCGCACAGCGUGGAGCCCUACACAGCCGCAAACUUCCCAGAAGCGGACCUGUCAUUGAACUACUGUCGCAACCCCGACGGCAGGAACACGAUUUGGUGCUUCACCACCGACGACGAUGUGGAAUGGGAGUUCUGCGACAUCCUGCCGCUGUGGACUCUGAAAAGCGGCCCUUGCACCACCGACAUCUUCUGCAUCUACAGCCCCAGCUUCCCCAACGCCUACAGCAACCGGGAGACCUGCGAGCUGUCGGCCCUUCAGCGCGGCGUGGGGGGCUUUCUGCGGGUGGGGCGCUUCGACACGGAAAGCGGGUACGACAUCCUGACUGUGAGUGGGCAACAAUACAGUGGGUCUGCAGGCCCUGCGGGCGUCGAGGUGGGCGUGGGCCUAGAACUCGUCUGGAGCUCCGACCACUCGGUGACCAAAAGCGGCUGGGAGAUCUGCGUGGCCUUCCCGGAGCACACCACGAGCACCACGAGCGCGUCAACGACAAAGACGCACACGGCAACAUCCACAACUACUCAGUCCAUCUCCACCACGACCAGGACCAUGACCAGCAGCAGCACAACAGUGAUGUUCCGCGUGCUGGUGGGGGAGCUGCUGCUGGACGUGGACGAUCCCUCGGCCGCCCUGCCGUUCUUCGCCGACAACGCCACGGGCCAGGAGGCGCUACGCCGGGGUGUGGCAGACGGGCUUGGCCUGGAGCAGGACAUGGUGAAUUUGACCGCCUUCGAGGUGUGGGGAUCCUCGGCCGGGCGGCGCCUGGCGGGAAUCCUGGCAGUGGGCUACGAGAUCUCCGUGCCCAGCACAUCGGCCCUGGAUCAAGCGCAGCUCUCCGCCUCCGGUGCCGCGUUGGCGGCGAGCAUCAACCAGUCCUUGGCGGACAGCGGGGUUCCAUUGACCGUCAGCGGCGUGCAGAAUGUUGAGAAGACCAGCACCACCACCACUGCCACGACGACGAGUCGAACUUCCAGCACCUCAAGGACCUCAUCCUCCACGACUUCUUGGACCACAACGGUGUCCAGCACCACGACGAACACACCGGUGAACUGCCAAUUUUCGGAUUGGUCCGACUGGGAUAAGUGCAAUCGGCCCUGCAACGGCGGCAACUACACCCGCACGCGCGCCAUUGCCGUGCCGGAAGAAUUCGGUGGAGACCCUUGUGUGGGCGAGCUGUCCGAAACAGACAGCUGCAACACCGCGAACUGCUCAGAUUGCUUUCCAGGCUUCCACCUGGUCUUCAUCUCCAACGAGGAGGCGGGGUGCCUGCCCUGCGCGCGGGGCCGCUACAACCCGGUGGCCGGUGCGGAGAGUUCCCAGAGCUGCCUGCCCUGCGCCAAGGGCGAGCAGAGCCUGGAGGGUGCCACCCAGUGCACGCCCUGCGCGGAAGGCUCCGCCGCGGCGCCUAUGCUGAGCCCCACCGCAUCCGCAGACCUGGCCAACGUGUCCGGGGACUUUGUGCUCAGCGACGGGGCGGCAGGGCUUUGCUCCGCCUGCGCAGGCAGCCUCACCUUCCGGGUGGCAUGCGCCUCGCAGCGCUCGGUCUAUUUUACCGCCUGGGUGUCAGCGGCAGAAGCUGCGGAGCUGGAGCUGCAGGUGGCGGGGCUCGCGCCCAUCGCUUGGACGGUGCAGGCGGGCGCCCAG